UUUGGGAAAUAUCAUUGCCUUUUUGAAUCAUUAACAGGCAAAUCUUCUUGUGACAGUUACGUAAUGUCACAAACUCUUCGUCAGAGGUUUCACAUCUGACAAGCCCCCUCCCAUGGGCAGCGACUGUCUGUAAACCAAUGAACGCCUAUCCGACUCAGUUUGAUAGUCAGCUUGGAGCGUUAGACGGAACCCACGAUUCCCAGGAAUACGCCUCUGAGUUGCAUGACAGUGCUGACAUGCUGAAGGAACAACUACGGGAGGCUAAAUUCUGCGCUGAUGAGGAGCGUAGAAUGAAAAGUCUCGAUGGGUUAAUGAACACGCUCUUACUCUGCGCGGGUGCUACUGCAUUCAUCAAUAAAUUUGCAACCAUGCAGCCCGGCUUCUGCCUAUACCACAGACACACAACCGUGGUGGCUGGGGUCAAUGACGUCUUCCGCACCAUCAGCAACGGCACGUUCACAAGUGAAACAAUCCUGUCGGUCUUCGCAGCGCCUUCGUUCACGUUUUUGGUUCUACAAGGAGUGAUGGACGCGUGUCUCUUCGUCCCCCCUUUCAUUGUGGCUAUCACUAUAUUUGGGAAGUGGGUUCUAGGCCAUUUCGCCACGAGUGCGAGCGAGGACAUCAAUGUGAAAAUGAGACGGCGACCAAUGCACGACUGGCCUCCACAUGUACGGGCCCGCGUCUUGUUAUGGUCAAAUGCGUUGCCCGUUUUGUUUGGUCUUUCUCAAGCCCUCUAUACACUAUGUUGGCUCCUUGGGCGGCAACCGCUCCUAGCAACUUGUGUCAUUACGGUACUCGCUUUGUGGUGUUCGAUCAUCUUGUUCGUGUUGAAAAAGAGUUUCACGCCCUAAUUUUAAUUGUAUGAUAGCUUAUUAUUAAUUUAAUGGAGGCGGCGCGUAAGUCCCGUCUGGCAGUCAGAGUUCUCUUCAGAGGGGAGACUCCAAAAUUUCACCAGGAACUCUUGCAAGUAUCCGUUUAGCCGAAUGCUAGUUACCGUAUGUCAGUAUUAGGGAGGGAGACUGACUUCAAGUAUCUGAAUGAAGGAAAAGCAAGACCAACCGAAGGUCAAUAUUGUCUCGAGUUCAUGGGGGCACACCCAUGAGCUCAGCUUAAAAAGAAGUUGGUUAGACUCGGGCGCUAAAGGUUACCGUUGAGCAACUGUUGAAAUACUUUGAAUAGUG